AAAUGGCCCUUGCAGACAAGGAUAAAAACUAGGAUGGGUUUGCUUUUUGGAUAUUUUUAAAAUAUUUUCAGACCAUGGAUGAUGGAAUCCAUGGAUGGAGAAUAAGGUGUAUAGGAAACAUAAAUUAAUUUCAUGUUUGGACUUGGGUCCCAUCUCCAAGAUCUCUCACUAUGUAACUAGAUGCAAAUACAGGUACAACCAGUCCCCAAGUUACGAACAAGAUGGGUUCAGUAGGAUUGUUCUCAAGUGGAAUUUGUUUGUAAGUCGAAACAGGUACCUUUUAAAAGUGUGACUCCGAUACACACACACACACACACACACUUUGGAUAUCAUAGAGAAGGGUAACAUCUCUGUGGUGUUUCUUUUGCUGAUUGUGCCCCUGCUCAGAUGAUUUCACUUCACUUUUUGUCCCUGUGAAAAUUGCAUUUUGAAAAUUGGUGAUAGAGCUUCAUUGGAGAUCCCUUUUCUCCAUAACUCUUUCAGGGAUGAAUUUUCCUUUCGAGAGGUAUAUUUCUCUCUUUUCCUGUUGUCUCACCCCAGUCCUUAACUAUUAGUCAUAGUAAAUUGGAUGUUUGCAAUUCGGGAACUGCCUGUAUUAUAAAUCCAGAACUCUUCUGGUCCCAAGCAUUUCAGUUAAGGGAUUCUCAAUCUGUCAUAUACAAGAGCUCUUCUUCAUACUGUAUGAAAAGGAAGGGGGGAAAUAUGAAAACUGAUAUAAGUUUAGUUUUCCAGCCUAUAUUCUUCCUCCACAUGGUCAACCUGUAAAAGGAGGAUGUGUAUAACACUGUGUCAGUCAUAGCUGUGGACCUGUUUAUGUACAGUGAAUGUUAUAGAGCUAAUGCAAUUCACAAGAUGGGGCAGGUUGCAGAGCAGAGUAAAUGUCAGGAAUGCUGAAUUUAUGUAUUUUUACCAUAGUCCCAAGGAGCCCUUGAUGUUGCAGUGGGUUUAACCCUUGUGCCAGCAGGAUUGCUGACCAAAAGGUUGCAGUUUGAAUCCGGGAAGUGGGGUGAGCUCCCCUCUGUCAGUUCCAGCUUCUCAUGUGGGGACAUGAGAGAAGCCUGCCACAAGGAUGGUAAAACAUCCGGGCGUCCCCUGGGCAACAUCCUUGCAGACGGCCAAUUCUCUCACACCAGAAGCGACUUGCAAAUUCUCAAGUUGCUCCUGACAUGAAAAAACAAACUAUAGUCCCAAGAUAAACCAAGAAGAGCUACAUGGGAGACAUAUAUACAGUCGGUUUUCAUAACCUUGGAUCCAGCCUUCCAGGGCCUGAAUAUCCAAAAAAGAAAACCUUGAUUUUGUCAUUGUAUAUAAGGGAUACCACUUUACCAUGCUAUUGUAUAUAGUCAGGCUUGACUACCCACAGGCUUUGGCAUUCAUAGGGAUCCAGGAAUCCAACUCCUGUGUAUAUCAAGGGCCCACUGUAUACAGCCAGAUAAGAAGGAUUUCUCUGAGCACACAUCCUUUAUCUAGAAAGUUGUUUUCAGAACCAGGACUGAGCACGGAUGAAAAUGUCACUUGGAAAAGCCUGCUUAUGGUUGAACUUUUCUAUACAGCAUGUAGUUACACUGUGGAAAUGACUGAGAGGCGGUGUAAUGCUGGCUGUCCACAUAGGUGACUUUAAAAGGGUAUGAAAUACAUUCAUGGAAUAUGAAAGUACCUUGGUAAUGAGGAUACCUACACAUUAUUCAAUUGGAAACAGCAACAUGGUCUGUGUAUUAGAGAAUUGGGAGCUGAAGAUGAAAGGUGCAGUUGUGCUCAUGUCCUGGCAGGCUUUCCCUAGGUACUUGGCUGGCUGCUAUUGGAAAGAGAAUAUAGGGCUAAACUGGCCUUUGGCCUAUCUCCAAUUUUUCCAAUUGCUCCUGUUUGAAUGGAUCUCUAAACUUCACCUUGACAGAACAUUGGGAAAUCCAAUUACUACUUUUAGCAUGAUGACUUCAAAGCUACCAGCCAAUCAUUAACUAAGCCCUCUCAAUCUUCCUCCUGUCUAAAGUGGUGUUUUAAAACAGCAGAGUUUUCUGACCAGUUGACAACUUUAGCAAGGCUUGGGAAGGUUACCUUCAGAUGUACAUUUACACCAAAGAAUUAAUGAAAUUUGACUCCAUUUUACCAUAACAUUUUAUCCAUGUGUAUUUUAGGGUUGAUUGUUUUCACUGUUUUCAUUAACAGUUUUCAUUAACAUUAUUUUAGGGUUGAUUGUUUUCACUGUUUUCAUUGUUUUCAUUAACCUUUUCUCCCAAAGAGUGCUUAGUGCCUCACCAAACUACAAAUCCCAUUGCUCCAAAGCAUUGAACCAUGGUAGUCAAAGUAGGAUCAAACUGAAUUAAUUCUGCAGUGUAGAUGUACCCUUGGAUUACAACUUCUAGAAUCGUUGUUCUUAGGAUGACAAUUCUGGCUGCCUGGCAUCUGGGAGUUGUGUUCUGCAAAUGUAACAUUUGGCAACUCUAAUUGUGAACCAUUACAUUUUGUCUUACUUCCUCCUGCAGGCUACAAAGCCCUUCUUUUAUUGCAUAAGACGUUGGGUUUGUUUUGUUUUUUGCAUUUUCCACGCCUACCUUUUUGCCUGGAGGCUUCCUGUGAAAAGGCUUCCUUGUUGCACAACUUUGCUUUCACUUCUUCCUCAGCUCAGUAGUCAUGGCAGCUACGAAUUAUGCCACUGCCCUGCAGGAAGAGCUCUUUUGCCCCAUCUGCUUGGAUUACUUCACCGACCCGGUGAUCCUGAACUGCGAACACAAUUUUUGCAGAGCCUGCAUCAGCACUUACUGGGAGAGCCUGGGCGACAGCUUUCCCUGUCCACAAUGCCGGAAGAGGUGCCGCAAUGGGAAAGUCAGGCCUAACGCUCAGCUGGGGAAAGUGGCCGAGAGAGCCAAAGAGCUGGCAGCCAGGGACACAGCCCUGCCAAGAAUGCCUCCGGUGGCUGGGAACAAGCCAGAGCCUGUGCAAGAAAUGUGCAAGCAGCACCUGGAGACACUGAAGUUAUUCUGCAAGGAUGACAAGUCCCUGAUCUGUGUGGUUUGUGACAAGUCCAAAGAGCACAGGAACCACACAGUGAUCCCUGUGCAGGAGGCAGCGGAGGAGUACAAGGCGCAGUUUCAGCACCACUUGGCCACACUGAAAAGUGAGAGAGACAGCAGAGAGAUACUUGCAAUAAACAACGGGAAGAAACUGGAAAUGCUGGUGGAUAUUGGAAGCCACCUGAACAGGUAUAAAAGUUGGAGCUUUCCAAAGUGGACACCAGUGUCCACUACAGAACUGGAAGAGAGGAUUUCUCAUUUUUCCCAUAAGAAGACAGUUCUCUGGGAGCACAUGACUGCGAUGCGAGCACCCACAGGUCCCGCGAUCACUGCGGGAAGAACUGAAGAACUGAAGUCAACCUUCCCCAUCAACAUCAGCGGUGAGAUGCCAGCUAUGAAAAUAGACCCUCUGCCAUGCAUAAUGGACACUAAUGGGACUUACACUGUAACUACCAUCUCUAAGGGAUAUGAAAUCUCAUUUGCUGCAACUGUGAUUAUCUCAGAUAAAAUGGUACUUAAUUCUGGAAGAUGUGGCACCAUUAAUCUUCAAAUCCUGUUGCCCAUUUUUGGAGCCUCCAUCACAACCAUUCAAGAUACAACCACUCAAGGGACUAUUUCAGAAGGGGCCUUUGUCCCUAAUAUAACCGAUCUUGGUGUCUCCACCUCUCCUCUUGAAGAUGCCACUAAAAAUGUUCCCCCAAAUAUUACCAACACAGUUUCUGAGAAGACUCCUUCAAUAAUAGACACAACAACAGUGGCUCAUAAAACUGCUACAGCUUUGACUAUGGAUAUCUUUGAUUUACUUCAGCAACCUUUCUCUGAUCAGGAAGAUGUUAGUACACGAGAAAUGCCAGAAACAGAAAGUCCUAUUGGUGCAAUUACUGGGAAAACAAGCUUCUCAGACCAUGAAGAUACCACCAUCACUCCCACACUUAGAGAGCCUUCAUCUGAUACUCAAGAGAAUCCUGAAACAUGUUACCUGGACUGUGAUGGUUUCCCAGCAUGGGCUACGGUUCUUAUUUGCUUGACAACAACAUUCUUCCUUUUUAUGCUAGUCGGCCUCUUGUUUUUGGUUCCUUACUGCAUGAAGUUCAGGCAUCCUCCUGCAAUGACGUAUAAUUCAUCCCCUCGAUAUUCUGCUUAGCAUUUUUCCUCUGCAAUAUUUUGGGAUGUUUUCAUACUAGUGAAAAACUAUACAGAAGUCUCACUAAUCACUUUAAUGUUUCCCAGCUGUCAUUAAACCUGUUUUUUUGAAGUGGAGAUGAAUAAUCAUAAAUAAUGGUUAGCACCUUACUAAUCUGUUAUAACUUUGCAGCUGUUUCCCAUUCCCAUUUAUCAUGAUGGUAGCUUUGGCAUGAUCAUAAAGGCCCCUAAAGCCCACUUUAAAAUCUAGACAGAUGCAUCAAGAACAGAAUUCUGCAGGACCAGCAAGCAGGGUGCCGAAGGAUGAGUUGCCCAGUCCACUCCCACCAGUGAGCCACAGUGCAAUGCCAGAAACAGGGACCACCUCAGGGUCUUUUCACAAUUCCUCAUACUAUAGCUGGUAGAAGGGUCCUGGGUGAAUCAUCAUCCUCCAGUGGCCCACUCUGCAAAUUUUUGCCUGGAUUUUAAGGUGAAUUUCAGAGUUCAGAUAGGUAAAGGUAAAGGUUUCCCCUGAUGUUAAGUCCAGUCAUGUCUGACUCUGGGGGUUGGUGCUCAUCUCCAUUUCUAAGCCAAAGAGCCAGCGUUGUCCGUAGACACCUCCAAGGUCAUGUGGCCAGCAUGACUGCAUGGAACGCUGUUACCUUCCUGCCGGAGUGGUACCUAUUGAUCUACUCACAUUGGCAUGUUUUCGAACUACUAGGUUGGCAGGAGCUGGAGCUAACAGUGGCUGCUCAUGCUGCUCCCGGGGUUUGAACCUGGGACCUUUCGGUCUGCAAGUUCAGCAGCUCAGCGCUUUAACCCACUUCACCACCGGGACUCCUAGGGUUCAGAUACAGGAGACUUAUCAUGGCGAUGACAUGUGACUAUGACUAUGCUUCUCCUACCUGUGUGGAGGCAUGUGUCUAACCAGUCCAGAAAACAGGAUGUUGAACUUGCUGGAAAUAUAACAACGCUUAGCACUGAAGAUUGAAGAAUCCCUCACAUUGGGCAGCGUUAGAUAGUCUGAGUGAGCUGAAGCAUCUCCCUCUAUGUCUUCCUACCCUGACCUCUCAGUGAUUGAUGUAAACCACUCUUAGCAAUGAUUUUUCCAACUAUUCUUCUUUCCUUGAAUACUCUCUCAAGUCUCCAAGAUGUAGCUAAGUUAGAUCAGCACCCGAGUAACUUUCCAACCUUGAAUGGACAUCCCACAACAAAGCUUAAUUUCUUUCUCCAAGUUGUUGGUGUAUAUGCUCCUUAAUUCAAUAUCUCUAAGCCAGUUUUCCUCAACCUGGGGUCCCCAGAUGUUUUUGGCAUUCAACUCCCAGAAAUCCUAACAGCUGGUAAACUGGAUGGGAUUUCUGGGAGUUGUAGGCCAAAGACAUCCGGGGACCCCAGGUUGAGAACCACUGCUCUAAGCACUGCAUGCACUAACAUAAUCUGAUGAGCCUCUAGUCUAGGACUUCCUGAUGUUGUUUGAAUGUAGUCACAUCAUCCUUCGCCAUUGAUAAGACCAGCUACAGCUGAUGUGAGUUCAGCACAAUCUGAAAGGCCAGAAUUGUCUUCUGUUUUCCUAUAGUAUUCAUUUAUUUACCCCAUUUCUACCUCGCCUUUCUCUGCCCCGCAGAGAAACCAUUAGAUGCCUUAAAACACAUACAAACAGUAAACAUAAAACAAUUGAAUUAAAAUUUAUACAUAUUAAACAUUUAAAAACAUUACAUUCAAUAUUAAAAUCACACCAUCCAAAAAUCAUCACUGUAUCUUUCUGGCAGGGUAAGGGGUUGGAUGUCAUGACCAGGUUGAGUAAAAAUCACAGUUUCCAGAUGUUGUUAGCCUUUAAGUUUCAUCAGCCUUGGGUACCCUAGCCAAUGGUGAGGAGUUCUCUGACCUGUAGUCCAAAACCUAGAAUACCACGAUUCCUACCCUUCCCUCUCAACGGGAAGAAAGACUAGAGACUUAGAGUACCUUUGUACAAUCUGUUUAUUUAUAAAUAUACAUACUGAGCAGGAGAGAAGAUGCAAGUAGCCCAAGGGGGUGAAGGUUCAGUACAGCUUCCAUUCUCCCCAAAAGGCAGCAGUACACAUUUUGCAGUUCUUCAAUACUUCCUUUUGACAAUAGGUUACAAACCCUUCUAUUUCUCUGUCAUUUGUGAGUUGUAUUCAAGCUACAUAUUCUUUCGCUCCUGGAGCCAAUUUCAUCCUACCCAAACCAGCUAUGACUGUGACUACUUGCCUGCAACCUCAGUCUGAUAGCUCAGAAAAGAGGCCUCUUGCCAUCCAAGGUCAUGAACCUCACUGGCUAAACAAUUGCUCAGAAACAUAUUAAUUUUUUUUACACCAGAAAAGUUCAGUUCUUAUGCUAACAGCAUUUCUGACUGGAAAUGUGUUUUGGGCCUUUGAAGCUAUUUCAAUUGUUUGCAAUUUUUGGCCCCUUCUACUAGACAAUGCUAAUUAUGUCACGUUCUAGCAUGCAAUAAAUUGAACAAAGAUGGGGUUUCUUAGCAUGGAUAUAAGAAUCAAAUGUAUUUAUUAUUUCAGACUUGUAGAGAGAUGAGAUGUAAAAAUCGCUAGAACUUAAUUAUGUGAUACAAGAAGCCAGCCAGUAUAUGGCUAUUUCCCUAGAAAAAUUACUCCGACAUUUGUAAAGGAUUAGUUUUCUCCUAGCUUGUACAUUGAUAUAUUGACAACUACAUAGAAAUAAAAUGUUUGCUGACUUUA